ACGUUAUACGUCCGUUAUACAGCAAGUACCUCCUUGAUUAUGUAGGCCUCAACUAAUAAAACUACGCUACAUAGAAACAUUGCGCACAUUGGAAAAGCAUUUUGGGGCCUUUAUUUGCAACAAAGGUAAUACGUUAAAAUAUAGGACGUUUUGUGUAAUAGCUAUGUUUGAUAUCAGGAAAAUAACAAAAUGGCCUCUCCGUAUAAUCAGCGGUGAUUUGUUUUUACAGUUUCUUAAAAAGGUCACGCUGGGUCACGUGGCUCAUGAAUGACGUUUAUAAUAUUUAAAGAAAAACACAACAUCUUCGUCUGAUGUGUCGCAUAAAAUAUUAAAGAAUACAUUUUUGUACAUUAUUUGUGUACAUUAUGCAUUUAUGCUCAAUCAGUUGUGGCUUUUACGUCCUUUUUCAUCUUAGCAUCACGGUUCCCUAACGUUCAGAACUAUCUAGCUUUUUUGUGUAUUUACAUCAACUCAAAUAAAUACAAGAAAGAUGCAUUGCGCUCAUUCGCUAUCCGCUUCUAGCCAAUACGCUUCAAGGGGGCGGGGUUUGGCUAAAAAGGCGGGGCCUGGAGCGAACCAAUCCCUGUUUGCUGCUUUGUAUGCACGCGCCUUCAAACAGCAACAACAGAAAUAUAAAUUGAUCAAGACAAAAACUUUCUAACGCAAAAGCCGGUUCCGUUCUGAGGAAAGUCAUCCUAAGUGCAGCGCGUCAUGGCUAAUGUGGACAUACAGAGCAUGUGGGAGCGACACGCCGCACGGAGGACUUUUCCUCACCUCGCCCGCACUAGGGUCUGCCGCAAUCUCUUCGGACCCGUGGAUCACGAAGAGCUGAACUGCGAGAUGAAGCGCAGACUGCAGGAAAUUUCGGAACAGGACCAGACCCGCUGGAACUUUAACUUCGAGCAGAAUGUGCCGUUGCCUGGACAUUACGAAUGGGAGGAAAUAACAGUAAGCAGCGUGCCAGCUUUCUAUACGGAGUCGGUGCGUAGCGGGAAAGCGCGUGAUGCUAACUCGAGAGACGCCGAGCCCAGCGCGGAGUGUGGAUUUAAAAGUGAAGCCCAGAGUUCCGCUCAAGCUCCAACUCCAUCUGCUGAGGUGAACCAGGAAAACCGCUCCGGAACGCUGAACGCUAGAGGACCUGGCACUUCUGUGCGCCGGAAAAGAAAGACCUCUUUGCUGGACGCGUCAAGAAACAACACUACGCACAUUACAGAUUUCUUCCCCAGAAGAAAAAGGAACUGUGAGUCAAAGCAGACAGAUCGCACAUCCCCGUCCACCAUCCCUGCAGAAGUUACCCCACGCAAAAGAAUCAGAUGAUGACUUGCACUAAGAAAAGCAGAAGUCCCGUGUUGUAUCUGCUGAGCAGAUGAAGGACACAUCGAGGACGAACUGAAGCCUUUUUAUUUUUUCCUUAAAAAAAAAAAAGUAAUUUACUCUGAUUUAAUGUAGCAAUACUGGCUCUAUACCAGAACAGACUUGGUUGCAGUGUUACAACGUCUAAAUGGUGCAAUUAUUUUAUUAUUGUUACUGUUAUUGUUUAAUAUUAUUAUUUUUAUUAUUCCUUGAUCUUUUGUUAAUUUUAUUUUUUAGGUUACAUUGUUUCUUAUAUAAUUUAGUAUCUGAUUUUUUUUUACUACAUGUGGAAGAAUAUACUACUAACUUAUGUUUUAUUUAUGAUCUUUGAUAGUGUCAUGCUUUUAUUUACAGCUAUUGUUUAUUUACUGCAAUAUUUUGUUUUUAUUUAAGUUUGUUGGAUGACGUCACGAUGCAAAUAAUGAUUCUGAGCCUCUUCUUUAAUAUAUAUGUAAAUAGUUGCUUUGUGUUGAGGAAUUGAAUGAAAAAAAUAAAUUAUAUUUUUGUUUA